AUGGUGCUCGGCGUGCGCGUCCAUGGGCCAGAUGUGACAGAUGUUGAUGUGAAGCUUGAUGAGACCUUCAGGUCCGUUCCAGUCCCAGAAAAGAUUGGGAUCCCCGUACUUUACAAGGUGCAGUCUGGAACUGGAGGCGAUGAUUCGUCCAUUCGAUCAAAUGCAAUCGUCCGAUUUAUGUCAGACACUUCUGAUGGCCUAGCUCCAGCAGAGUGGCAGUAUGGUGGCACACGAGGUCCCGCGCCACCUGUGGUACUUGCAAGAAAGGACCAUAUCCCCUUUUCCAGGCCUGACUUUCACUUGAUUUGUGAUUACAUGGAUUACUGGAUGGAAGAGGCCAGAGAGGAGGAGGACCAUUUCACUGAAGUUACAAAUCGAAUUCUAGAGCCUCGAGCAUUUCAGAGGUUCGUACGAGAGCAUGUUGAUGAGCAUCCUCUUGGAUUUCUGUCUUUGCAGUUUCCAAAGCAGAGUGUAGUAGUUGCAGAGGGUCUUAAAACCGAAGAGCUGAAUGGCCUGGAGGGCACCGUUUCUCAGUACAGCAGGGACCGCGUGGGUAUUCAGUUCCCUGGAAAACGCGUCACGGCUAUCAGACCUGAACAUCUUCGACUUCUGCAAGAGGCACCCGAACCUGCACCGAAACGACACAUGGGGACCCGGCAGACAGAAGAGAGAAAAAAAGAACUCGAGAAGCAGGAAGCGUUGCAGAUUGCAAAGCGCUUUCACGAAUGCCUUUUUGAGGACACUUUCCCGGAAAUGGGAGACUUGCAUUUGUUUGGCGUGGGUUGUGAGUACAGAGCAAGAGCGACAGAAGUCCUUGCAGUUUGGCAGGGGCUUGUGAAGCACAUGAACUUCACAGCUGAGCAGAUAGCAGAUGCGUUGAUCCAGGGAAAUAUGAAAGAACGCUUCACAGAGUGGACGCACGAGCUAGCAAAAUCUCGCACUCCCAAUUCGACAUACGAGCAGACAUCAGAUGACACCACCGUGAUGCUGAAUGGCUUCGGCACCGUGGUGAAUUCUUUGGGGCCUCGUGUGAAGCCCUACCUGCCCCAGAUUGCUGGUAUCAUCAGGUGGCGGCUGAACACUCCAUCUGCACGUGUGCGUCAGCAAGCAGCAGACCUCAUUGCAAGAAUCGCUGUGGUGAUGAAGCAAUGUGGCGAGGAGCAGAUGAUGGGGCACUUGGGUCUCUUCUUGUAUGAGUACCUUGGUGAAGAGUAUCCUGAAGUGCUGGGCUCCAUUUUGGGCGCCUUGAAGGCGAUCGUCAACGUCAUUGGAAUGACGAAGAUGACGCCACCGAUCAAGGAUCUCCUUCCCAGGUUGACCCCCAUCCUGAAGAACAGACAUGAGAAAGUCCAGGAGAACUGCAUUGACUUGGUUGGAAGGAUUGCCGAUCGCGGUGCGGAGUUGGCACCACCACGAGAGUGGAACCGCAUUUGCUUUGACCUGCUGGAGCUUUUGAAGGCACACAAGAAGGCCAUUCGCAGAGCAACAGUGAACACCUUCGGCUACAUUGCAAAGGCCAUUGGCCCCCAUGAUGUUCUCAGCACUUUGCUGAACAACCUCAAGGUGCAGGAGCGUCAGCUCCGAAUUUGCACCACGGUGGCAAUUGCCAUUACUGCAGAGACCUGUGGACCGUUCACCGUGCUGCCAGCUCUGAUGAAUGAAUAUCGGGUGCCUGAACUGAACGUGCAGAACGGAGUGUUGAAAAGCCUUAGCUUCAUGUUCGAGUACAUUGGAGAGAUGGCCAAGGACUACAUUUAUGCAGUCACUCCCAUCUUGGAGGAUGCGCUCAUGGAUCGGGAUCUUGUGCAUAGGCAAACUGCUGCAUGGACUUGCAAGCACCUUGCUCUAGGCGUUCACGGUCUGGGUUGCGAGGAUGCGCUGCAGCACCUCAUGAACUACGUUUGGCCGAACGUCUUUGAAAACUCGCCUCACUUGAUUAUGGCUGUUUUCGAUGCCAUCGAUGGUUUCCGAGUGUCCUUGGGGCCCACAAAAGUGCUGCAGUACUUGCUCCAAGGCUUGUGGCAUCCUGCCAGACGAGUGCGAGCUGUUUACUGGCGGUUGUACAACAACCUCUACAUUGGAUCUCAGGAUGCUCUCAUCCCCUCCUACCCGAAGUUGGAGGAUGAUGCUGAGCACUGCUAUCGCCGCACGGAGUUGGAACUCCUGCUCUGA